AUGAUCUACAUAUCGAGACUUGAUCGAUCUGUACAAGAAGAGUACAUUGGAACGUACUAUCCGAACUCUUUGAACCUUCUCUCAUACACGAAUUGGGUGAUCAUUCCACCGUCAAUCGGAAACUCCUACGAGAUCAUGUUUAUGUGGUUUUUUGAGGUGCUUCUCUUCAAUCUAAUCGUCGCUUUGGUCAUCUUUCAAAUCAUUCGUUUACUCCGACAAUACACUUUUACAAUGAGUCCAUCAACGCUGAAAGCUCAUCGGCAUUUCGUUAGAGCUCUUUUCAUACAAGCUUUAAUCCCAUUCAUCGUCUAUUCAACUCCAGUCGUAAUUGGGCUCAUUUGUGCGCUUUUCGGAUUUCAAAGUGAUAGAAAUAGCUCGAAA